UGGUCUGAACGAAAUUAUGGUAUUCUCACUAAGGCUGCCUAGGUAUAAGAAAGAACAUACAACUUUAAGCGUGGCCGACAGUGUUGCCAACGGCGCCCACGGGACCCCCAGCGACACCAGCCGCAAUCCCAGGCGCCGCACUAGCAGGCGAUCCUCCGACGGGUCCUGGAGCGCUCCCAAUCACAGUUGAGCCGGUGCCACCAGCAGUGCCAGGCGCACUGCCGACAGUUGAGCCAACAGUCGCUGGAACGCCUGAGGCCGGGCCGGGAGCAGCCGGCGGUUGGACCGGAGGAGCAGGAGCAGCCGGAGGUUGAGCAGGCGCGGCGGGCGGAUGCGCGGGUGGAGCGGGAGCAGCUGGAGGUUGAGCAGGUGGAGCAGGAGCAGCUGGAGGCUGAGCAGGCGCAGCGGGUGCAGCGGGUGGGGCAGGGGGUGCAGCGGGAGGCUGAGCUGGAGGAGCGGCCGGCGGAGAAACAGGAGCCUGACGCGAGCCGAAGGCCCGGCGAGAAGUCCAUCGACGCAUCGGCAUAGGCAUCGGCAACGCCCGAAGAGCCUUGCUGUUUGCCGUUGCAAGGACACUGUCACCAGCCUUGACUACAGUGUUGACGGCGUUACCGGCGGCAUCAGUGACGGGGCCGACAGUGCUGCCGAGCAAACCAGCAGCCUGUCCAGGAGCGCCUGCGACGGGGCCAGGUGGUUGAACUGGAAGACCACCGGCUACGGUACCUGCUGUACCAGCGAUCAUCGCGGGAGCUCCGCCUGCAGUGCCAAUGAUAGUGCCGGGAACGCCACCAACAGCACCUGGAGCAUUCCCUGUAGCCCCAAGAACCGUGCCGGGAAUGGCCCCAGCAGGUGUACCACCGACAGUUCCUACAAUGGUGCCCGGAACACCACCAGCAGUGACAGGUGCACCGCCGACGGUGCUCACAACAGUGCCUGGAACAUUCCCUGCUGUUCCAAGAACCGUACCAGCACCAGGUGCAGCACCAGGGCCGCCAGAGGCAACACCAACCACAGUGCCAGGAAUACUUCCCACUGCACCAGUGACGAUGCCCGCUGGACCAGAAGCCGGGCCAGGCAGAGAAACAGGCAAGUCGCGACGACCAGGAAUAGUGCUUGACUGGGCAGACGGGGCGCCCCAUGUAGCAGUCGAAGACAUCGUGGGUGUCGUUUCUGCAGAUCCAGAGCCGGGAGACGAGUCAUCCUUUGAGUCACUCGAAUUGUCGUUGUUGUUAGACCCAGCAUGCGUUGACCAUUGAGAUCCAUUGUUGUUGUUGUCGACGCCGCCGGUCUGAUCAUUUCCGUCAUCUGGAUGAGGAUGAGCGAAACGGGAGUUGCCGUCAUUGCCAGAAUCUUGAUCCGGAUCGUACUCGGCCGCUUG